AGGUCUCGGCUCGCUGAUUUCCACAUGAACUGCCAGAUGACGCCUCACACCGUCACCAGCUGCCCCCACGAUCACUACCACGGCUGCCUCAUGGCCUACGUCGGCCUCAUCGGCUCAGAUGUAACACCUAACUACAGCGACAGCAGUCCCUCCAACAUCACCAUCAGCCUGUGGUGUACCUGCAGGGGAACUGGCAAUCAGGAGCCCGAGUGUGACGCUUUCCACCGGGACUUCACACACAACACCUGCCUCAGAAACGCCAUCCAGUCAUUUGGUUACGGCGCCGAGGGAGGGACUCUUCUCGUGACUGAGCCGUCAUCCACCUUCUUCCCCCCCGUCCAGCCGCCAAUCAUCUCCAAACCCGCUCCCUCUCUACACGGCAAUGCAAUCAAACCCAUGGACAGUGCUUGUAUGUUUUCCACUUGUGCUAACCUGCAGGACGGAGGUCAGAAGUGCGUCUCCUCUGAUGAGUUCGAGUGCGAGGAGGCUCUGUUGGGGUCAAUAGACUCUCAGGACUCAGCCGGACCGAAGAGCAGCAGCAGUCGGCACUCAGCUCCACCCCUCCACCUCCAUCACAUCACCGUGACGGUGUGCAUCUCCGUGCUGCCGGUGUUUCUACUCUUCGUCUCAUAAAUAUGAACUCAUACACACUGCACAAACACACACACACAUCCACAAUCAAACACACACACACACACACACUUAAUAAAUGGCAAGUCACGUGACUCGGUAUCCUCCGCUACAGGAAAAUGUCAACCAACAGACAUCCAAACAUCAACGACGGGCGCCGCCGCCGCCGGAGGACGAGGGAAAGUGUUCUGGAGGACGUUCAGAUCAGCCGUCUCUCUCCACUGCACACACACACACACACACACACACACACACACACACACACACACACACACAAUGAAGAAGAAACUGGACUGUGUUUUGAGGAACAACAAAGCAGAGAGACUCUCAGGAUUUUGGAUCACAGUGACUUCAUUUCAACGCUCCGUGUCUGGAGGGAUUGUGUGCUUUUUGUGCAGCUCCCGCUCUGACUCACCCCCCUCCAGCUUUGUUGGAUCCGAGACACACACACACAAACACACACUAACAACUAACAAAAAAAACAAAACACACACUCUUGGACGAGUUCAAAUCAGCGAGAGAGAGAUGAGGCUCUGAGGCUGGACAGAUUUAUCACUCCUGGACGUCUCUAAGUGGCAAAACAAUCGAUACUGCGUACACACAGAGCACAAACACACACACACACACACACACACACACACACCUCGUUAGCAGGCGAACAGGGUCCCCACACGGACACAAACACUCAUGCUGUUACACCAGUGUGCUUUUUUUGCGGGUCUUUAUCUUAAUUUCAUGUCGACAUUAUGUACAAACUUCAUUUAAUGUGAAAUAUGAAAAAAAAAAGUCUCAGUGGAAGUGUGUGUAUUUCACAUACUGUAAGUGUAUAGUGUGUGUGUGUGUGUGCGUGUGUGUGUGUGUGGCAGCGAGGAUGUAAGGAUUCACAUGUUAUAAGCAGCGUGUUAAAAGGAAUCGCUGCCGAACGCUGAACGCUGACAUUUAAAGAGCAUCGAGUCGAUGAGACACGUAACCUGUUUGAAUCAUCGGAGUUUAAAGAGCAGAAUUUAUACUUAAAGGUCCGGUGUGUCAGAUUGGAUCAUCGAUGGACCUGAGGCGGGCUCAAUGACGCCUGUGA